AAACUUCAUUGCCAAAUAUUCUUUACCCGUAUAGUUUGCUAUUAAUGUUAUUGGUAACUAUAAACACGACUUAAUAAAAACAAGGAUGUCAAUUUCCUUUUGGCAGUUGCGUCCGUUCACAAAGAUUUUGAAGCACUCGGCCUUUCAUUUACAGCCUCAUGCUUUCUUGUUAAGAAAUAAAUCUACUUUCAAGAAACCUGUUGUACAUGAAUAUAUAUAUGGUGACCAUCCAGUAAGAAACGCACUUCAUGCCGGAAAACGAAGUUUUGAGUGUCUGCUGGCUCAAUCCUCAAAGCAGCUGAAUGAAUACCAAAACCUUAUGAAUGCGUUGAAGCUAAAUAUUCCUUGUCGCCUUGCCGGUAAACAUGAUUUAAACGAAAUGACUAAUUCACGACCUCAUAAUGGCAUAGUAUUGAAGGCUUCAGCCUUGGAACCUCCAGUCAUUACUGAUAUCAACGAUGUAACACAAGGGCGUGUUCAAGGGUCAUCAGCGGAACGGGUCAUUUCUUCGUCUGAAAAAACUUCACAACCAUGUCCUCCUUUAUAUGUUUAUUGCGAUGGUGUAUCAGACCCGCAAAACUUGGGUGCUAUCAUUCGAAGUUCUUAUUUUUUAGGUGUUCAAGGAAUCCUUUUGUCGAAAAAACAUAACUCUACCUUGUCACCCAUCGUCAGUAAAGCAUCUGCUGGUGCACUGGAGUUAAUGAAUGUGUAUCGGGUUCAAAAUCCUACUCUGUUUUUAAAAGACUGCAGUCUAAAGAACUGGAAAGUUUUUGCUACUGCUCCUAUGGGAAGCAUACCAAAUACGAAUCAAUAUUCCGUGCUUUCUAUGCCUCCGAGUUUGGCAGCGAAGCCAAAGGUUGUCGUCUUUGGAGGAGAACAUGGUUUAAGGACAAACAUGAUAAGACAGUGCGAAUAUGUUUUAACACUUCCUUAUGGAGAUCAAUAUGUAGAUUCAUUGAAUGUUUCCGUCGCUGCAGGGAUUAUUUUGCAUUCCUUGAAAGAUUACUCCUUAAAAAUUACGGAAAAUAGCGAAUUGAAGCUUUAGCAGAUAGAUCGAUAUUUUAAGAAUAUGUAAACGUGAUUGCGUCAAUUAGCAGAACUAAUAAAAUGCAAAAGCCGAAUGUUUAAUCCA